AUCUAUCAGAAGUGAAAUAAGCGAAGAAAUUAAAGAGUAUCAAGCAAAAUUUCCAACUUUUAGACCACAUCUUGCCAUAAUUCAAAUUGGUAAGAGAGAGGAUUCUACUGUUUAUAUUCAACAGAAAAAACGUGCUGCUGAGGAAAUUGGAAUUGAAUUUAGCAUAUUCAAGAAAGAGGAAGAUAUUUCACAAAAUGAGUUGCUAUCGAUAAUUGAUGAUUUGAAUGAAAAUCCAUCAAUUCACGGAUUAUUGGUGCAAUUGCCUUUACCAAAUCAUAUUAAUAAAGAAGUUGUUACUGAAAAAAUCAAUCCUAAAAAAGAUGUUGAUGGUUUUCAUGUUGAUAAUAUUGGAAGUUUGGUUAAAAGAAAUGGCGAAAGAACAUUUUUACCUUGUACACCAAAAGGAAUUCUUGAACUAUUAAAUCGGACUGGUGUUGAGAUUGCUGGUAAAUGUGCUGUCGUAGGAUUUCCAAUGUUUGCUUUGUUAUCACAUAAAGAUGCAACGGUUACUUUGUGUCAUUCUAAAACAAAGAACUUGGAUGAAAUUGUUAAAACGGGUGAUAUUUUAGUUGUAGCAAUUGGGCGUCCUGAAUAUAUAAAGGGUGAAUGGAUAAAACCAGGUGCAAUUGUAAUUGACGUUGGAACAAAUGCCAUCGAAGGUGUAAGAUGGGUAGGUGACGUACAUUUUCCUAGUGCAUCACAGGUAGCAUCGUAUAUAACUCCUGUACCUGGCGGUGUUGGUCCAAUGACGGUUGCAAUGUUAUUAAAGAAUACAAUGGAAAGUGCAAAGAGAUUUUGGAAAAAUGAUAAAGAAAGAAAGAUAUCUAUUUUAAAGAUUGAUCCAUUAACUCCUGUGCCAUGUGAUGCUGAUAUUGCGUUUAAUCAACUUCCAAAACGAAUAGCUAUUUUGGCUCAAGAACUAGGCUUAACCAAAAACGAGUACGAGUUAUACGGAAGUUAUAAAGCAAAAAUAAACUUAUCAGUAUUAGAUCGAUUAAAGUCUAAAAAAAACGGCAAAUACGUCGUAGUAACUGGUAUAACGCCUACACCUUUAGGAGAAGGUAAAUCAACAACCACAGUUGGUAUAGCUCAAGCUUUAGGUGCACAUCUAGGCAAAAUAAGUUUUGCUUGUGUGAGACAACCAUCACAAGGACCAACAUUUGGUAUAAAAGGAGGUGCAGCUGGAGGUGGUUAUUCACAAGUUAUACCAAUGGAUGAAUUUAAUUUACAUUUAACCGGUGAUAUACAUGCUGUAACUGCUGCUAAUAAUUUACUAGCUGCUGCAAUUGAUGCUCGUAUGUUUCAUGAAAAUACUCAAAGUGAUAAUGCAUUAUUCAAUAGAUUAUGUCCAGUAAAAAAAGGAUUUCGCACAAUUUCUCCUAUUUUAAUUAGACGAUUGAAUAAACUUGGUAUCGAUAAAACAAAUCCUAGUGAAUUGACACCUGAAGAAAUUAAAAAAUUUGUUAGAUUAGAUAUUGAUCCUGAUUCAAUUACAUGGAAAAGAGUUAUUGAUACAAACGAUAGAUUUUUACGUCGUAUAACAAUUGGACAACAUCCUACAGAAAAAGGUUUUACCAGGGAAACUGGGUUUGAUAUUUCAGUUGCAUCAGAAUGUAUGGCAGUUUUGGCUUUGAGUACAUCUUUAUCUGAUAUGAGUCUAAGAUUGGGUAGAAUGGUGGUUGCAACUUCUAAACAAGAUAAAUUAUCGAUAACUGUGGAUGAUUUGGGUUUAAGUGGUGCUCUAACCGUUUUGAUGAAAGAUGCUAUCAAACCUAACUUGAUGCAAACUUUGGAGGGUACCCCAGUUUUUGUACAUGCUGGUUAUGUUGUCACUGAAGCUGGAUUUGGUGCCGAUAUUGGAAUGGAAAAGUUUUUUGAUAUUAAGUGUAGAGUAUCUGGUUUAAUCCCUGAUGCUGUGGCAUUAGUUGCUACUGUUUCGCCUGGUGUUCCGUUACCUGAAGAGUAUUUGAAAGAAAACUUAGAAUUAUUGGAAAAAGGAUGUUCCAAUUUAGUAAAACAUAUUCAAAAUGCAAAGAAAUUUGGAUUACCUGUUGUAGUAGCAAUCAAUCAAUUUACAACAGAUACCCAAAACGAGCUUGAUUUAAUUCGUAAGAUUGCAAUAGAAUCGGGUGCCAAAGAUGCAUUACCAUCAACACAUUGGUCUCAUGGUGGUAAAGGUGCAUUGGAUUUAGCUAAAACAAUAGUUGAGGCUACCAAUUCAUCAUCAUCCGAUAAAAAAUUUCAAUUUUUAUAUGAAUUGGAUAAAUCAAUCGUCGAGAAGAUUGAAACCAUUGCAAAAGAAAUGUAUGGAGCCGAUGGAAUUGAAUUAAGCGAUUUGGCUAAACAAAAAAUAGAAACUUAUACAAAACAAGGAUUUGCUAAUUUAUCAAUUUGUAUGGCAAAAACUCAUUUAUCAUUAUCCCAUGAUCCAUUGCUCAAAGGUGUGCCAAAAGGAUUUAUAGUACCAAUUCGUGAUAUAAGAGUUUCUGUUGGUGCAGGAUUUUUGUAUCCAUUAUUGGGCGAAGUACAAACAAUGCCUGAUUUAGACCCUGAUACUGGUAGAAUUUCUGGUUUGUUUUAA